GAAAAAAAGAUAAAGGCCACAGGCCACAAGAAGAAGAGGAAGCGAUCAGCUGAGUGUCAGCGAAUACUGCCAUCUUAGCAUUUUACGUGAGAUUUCUUCGUCUCGGCCAGUCAGAUAGCACCGCAGCUUCCAAGAUUACACCAACACCACGUACUUCAUCAUGGGCAGUGGCAAAGAUUAUGACUAUCUGAUAAAGUUCCUGGCACUGGGAGACUCUGGAGUGGGCAAGACCAGCUUCCUUUAUCACUACACUGAGGGUGUCUUUCAGCAGCAGUUCAUUUCCACAGUAGGCAUUGACUUCAGGGAAAAGCGACUGACUCACCGUCGAAAGGAGGGAGGACCACCCCAAGGAGUGCACCUGCAACUCUGGGACACAGCAGGCCAGGAAAAGUUUCGUAGUUUAACUACAGCCUUUUAUCGGGAUGCCAUGGGCUUUCUCCUCCUCUUUGAUUUGACUAAUGAACAGUCAUUCAUCGAUAUCAGGAAUUGGCUGGAGCAACUCAAGACACAUGCUUACUGUGAGGACCCUGACAUAGUGCUGUGCGGCAACAAGGUAGACCUUGAGGACCAGCGUGUGGUGUCUGAGCAGCGAGGGAAAGAGGUGGCUCAGAAGUUUGGACUGACAUAUGUGGAGACCUCUGCUGCCACUGGCCAGAAUGUGGAGGCUGCUGUGAACCACCUUCUGGAUGCUGUGAUGAGGCGGAUGGCCCUGGCGGUGGACUCCAGCAUCCUGCCAGGACGCAGGGGCCGGGCCAAGGGUUUGGUGGCUGGAGAGGACGGUAGGGCCGAAAAUAAUGAAAAUAACUGUGCCUGUUAAUUGGCAGACAGAUGCAAGACUGAUCGGCUAGCUGUCCAUUUGUCCAGUGUGCUAACUUAAUAAUCGGUUAGCUGAAUAGCUGGCAAGCAAACUGGCUAACUGAAUAAUUAGUUGGUUAGCAUAGUAGGCUGAUUGGCUGACUAGGUCUUUGGCCUGCUUGAUUGAUCUGACUCCCCCUGACCACAGUAACUUUAAUGUUUGCUUGAUUCAUGAUGGCCUUUCCUGCCUGUGUUCUACCUCCCUGACCUGCUUAUCCCUGGUGAAUCCAUCCACCUUAUGAUCCAUCCAUGUCUUUGUCUCUCUGUCAUCUUGAUGACAACUGGUGUUUCUGUUGCCAAGCCUUCAAUACUUGGCCAUGUAGUCAGGACAUUGCUAAACCUGUGUCUAUUUCUUUGAAGCUCUUCCUUUUCUUUUUGGUAAAGCAUGGAAUAAGUACAUAUCAUAGUUGCCUACUUCAUUUCCUCCGUGUCAUUGCUCACAUCCUGUAUAAUUAUUUAAUUUCACAAUAUCAAACUUCAUUUCCUUCUUACUUAAAAGGGUACAUCCCCUAUGACCUAAAAUCAAACUCUUUGGAUCAUUUCAAUAAGCAAAUCAACAUCAUACUUUUCAUUAACUGAUGCUACCAUUAAAUCAAACUACAGUAUUCACUUAGCCUUAGGCUAGUGACAGAUUUUUGUGCCUGUGUCUGUCUCAAAUUCUGCACAGCUUUCUCUGACACUUCAAAUGGCAAGGAGGGGAAAGUGAUGUAUUUUUGGCUGAUGGAUCUUCUAGAAAAAGAAACUGUUGUUUUUCCCAAACAUGUUGGCUGAUACUUUGUGUGUGUGUGUGUGUGUGUGUGUGUGUGUGUGUGUGUGUGUGUGUGUGUGUGUGUGUGUAUUUAUCUAGUUGUGACAUAUUGUCCUGUCUCCUUAUCAACUACUAUCCAACUUUUCUUAGUCAUGAGUGCUUCUUGCAUGGACCACUCUCUUGUCUAGGUUAUUUCUAACUUUGUGUGUGUGUGUGUGUGUGUGUGUGUGUGUGAGAGAGAGAGAGAGAGAGAGAGAGAGAGAGAGAGAGAGAGAGAGAGAGAGAGAGAGAGAGAGAGAGAGAGAGAGAGAGAGAGAGAGAGAGAGAGAGAGAGAGAGAAUCUUCAUCAGUGUUAGGGCCUUGGUAUCUUGGUGGCUGUGUUUGUUUCUGUAUUAUGCUCAUACCUCAAAGUCUUCCACUGUCACAGUGCUUCAUCAUUUCCCUCACACACACACACACACACACACACACACACACACACACACACACACACCAUACCAUGUUCAAAACUGCUUCAUGAAAGAUUACAGCGCAACACACACAAACACAGCCUAACACCAGACACACCUGUGACGUGCUGUUUUAAUCCUGCCUGAUAUACCACCCAGUGUGUUAAGUGUUGCCUUAAACUUAGAAUAGACUCUUGAGCAGCCUUACUUCUGAUGACAGCAAUAGUUGCUGUGAACCUUGACUCACUUGCCACUUCCUGAGUGUCGGGAAUAUUUCAAAUAAGACCAACAUGGCAAUCAAAGUGUAAGUGUCUUAAUCAGCUGUCACUCUAGUUGUGUUUUGUACCCUUGAAACACUUGCAGUAUUCCAACAGUAUUUCAGGUGUGUUACUGACUGUACCAUAAGCUGCCACACUAGUUCAACUGUCCCAGCCGUCUGUUCCGAUGACAAUCAUGUCUGAUAUCUGAAAUAUUUUACACAGUAAUGGAUCAUUUACUGAACUGACAGAGUUGCAGUAUUAAUAAAUCUUAGAAAAUAAUCUGAUUAACCACCUGACAAUAUGAUAAGCAGUAGUAUUAUCUCAUCUAGUCUUGGUGUCAUGUGAAGCUUAUUUUAACUACCUACCUAUGUAUAUUAUUUUUGUUACAGUACUUCUUAAUUACAUAUGUAUUUUUUAUUAAUUAUACAUGAGUAUGUACAGUGAUUUUUGUGUGUGUGUUCAAACCAAUAAAA